AUGUUGGUUCCUGCAGGGGGAAUGAAAAAAGGCUUUAUUUUGUGCUUUUCAGCUCAACUCGUGACCUGUGACACCAAGCUUCGAGAUCAGUGUAAAGGAACGCCAUGUAACAGAUACGAGUGUCCAGCCGGGUGCCUUGAUGCUACAGGGAAAGUAGUUGGGACAGUUUACUAUGAAAUGCAAUCCAGCGUGUGCAGAGCCGGUUUACAUGCAGGAGUCAUAGAUAAUGACGGGGGAUGGGUGGAUGUGACAAGACAAGGCAGGAAGGACUUUUUCAUCAAAUCCAACAAGAACGGAGUCCAGUCUCUCGGGAAGUAUCUCAGUGCCAAUUCCUUCACCGUUUCCAGAGUAGCAGUCAAAGCCAUCACAUGCGAAACCACAGUCGCACCGAUGUGUUCGUACCAAAAACCUGCAAAACACUGUCCGAGGUUAUACUGCCCGAGGAACUGUUUAGAGGAAAACCCUCACAUAUCCAGAGUAAUCGGCACCAGAAUAUACUCUGAUAAGUCCAGUAUUUGCCGAGCAGCGGUCCACGCUGGAGUCCUCCGGAACGAUCUCGGGGGUUACAUCGACGUGAUGCCGGUGGAUAAGCGGAAAAAUUACAUCGCCUCACAUCAAAAUGGCAUUUCUUCAGAGAGCCUCCAAAACCCCCCCGGAGGAAAAGCUUUCCGGGUGUUUGCCGUGAUUUGAGAACCCCAGAGAGCGGCUUCACAAAAACAGAAAGCGCACUUGUGCUGUUGAAAAGGCACCAAUCAAGCCCUGUUGUCAAAACACAACGACUGAAAUGUUUUCUGGCUCUGCUUCACACCAGGGGUCGGAGGUCGUUACCAUGACAGCGUAAAUCUAGCGAAGGAAACUUGACACACACACACACAAAAACACACACAUCUGUCACCUGCAUUGAGUUUUCAAAUGGUCCUCUCCAGCAGGAAACACUUUUACCUGUAAAUAUCUCGCUGUACAGACUUGUAAAUAGUAUCACACGUGUUUGUCUUCGUGCCAUUUCCUUGCCAUUUUAACAAACAGCUGUGUGUGAUUAUAGAAAAUAAUACGAUAUAACUUUAUAAAGGCACUUAAAGAGGAAUGACAUUAUUAUUUUAUUAAGUCUGGCACAUUUUUACUGAUGCUCCGGGGGGGUUUGUUGUCAUAUUUUGUACUUUUUUAACUGGCAAAGCAAAUUGUUAUGCAUUUAUUUUUAUAUGAUAAUGCUUUAUAUCAACAGGAUUUAUAAAGGAUGCUGCUAUGUGUUUUGUGAUUGCCAGUGUGUUGGGAUUUGUUUGUUUUACAGAUAAUGUGGUUUAGUUCAAACUCCCUGCAGGUCGGGGAGUCACUCUAUUUCCAAAGAAUGUUUUCAAGUCAUAUCUAUUCAUUUGUAUUUAACAGAAGUAAGCAGAAGCAACAGUUGUAUCACAUACAGUGUAGGGUAAUGGUGAGUUUUAAUCGGUAUAAUUGUUCAUAUUGUUUCCAGCUUUAAUGGGCAAUUCAUUGUUUUUUUGUCUGUGCAUUUCACAUAUUUUCCUACCUCCAAGAUGUUGGGAAAAGUCAAUUUUGCAAUAAAAUAUUACAGCCACCUCA